AGGUUUAUAUUUUCUGUAUUUGUGUGGCAUCCUGUAAACAAUGCUCUUCUCCAGGGAUCGGAAAUUUAGGCAUACGACAAGAUUAACGGGAGACAGGAAGGGUGACCUGUAUCCGUCAAGUUUACAAUUUUACCAGCAUCCACCAACAGAGAAUAUAUCUCUCACUGAGUUUGAGACCUUUGCAAUUGAGAGACUUAAACUUCUUAAAGCUGUAGAGAAUCUUGGUGUCAGUUAUUUGAAGAACUCCGAUGAUUACAAUAAAAAACUAGAACAGGAAUUGAGAAAACUCAAGUUUCCAUACAGAGCUUUACAAGAUGAGAUAAAUGAUGAAGUCUAUGAUCUAAGAAGGAAAGACCACAUUUCGCAUUUUAUCCUACGUCUUGCAUACUGUCAGUCAGAGGAUUUAAGGCGCUGGUUUAUACAACAGGAAAUGGACCUGUUUAAAUUUCGGUUUAGUUUGUUGACUAAGGAGAAGGUCCAGGAAUUUCUUAAGCUCAAUGAUCUGGAGUAUGUUGCUAUCAGUCAGGAAGAAAAGAACAUGCACAAAGAGGAUUUAAUGAAUUCAAGUUUUGGCUUAAGUUUGACUAAAAUGGAAGAUCUAGAAUUUUACAAGGUUCCCUUCCAAGCUGCUCUUGAUUUAGUUCGCCCAAGAAAGGUUUUCCUUUGGCACGGCUUUGCAUACAUUCCUCAUACAGAUAUUGUUUCAAUUGUCUUGAAUGACUUCAGAACAAAGUUAUCCAAAGCUUUGGCAGUAAGUGUGAACUAUUAUUUUGUUGUUUUUCACAGCAUAUAUCUUCUCAUAUUAAAUUAGCUUGAAUGACUCUAACCUUUAAUAUGCUUCCGUACUUGUGCUAAACUAUGAAUGGUAUAAUGUAUUUAAUGUAUUCACUUUCAUGUUUUGCUUCCUAACUUUAUUUUUUAUGUCUGUAUGGUUUUAGUCAAUAUUCUCAGUAGUUUAAUCCUUUUCUGGUCUUAUAUAUUACAAGGCUUUAUGUAGUUUAUUAAGAAAUGUCAGGUGGCUCUUUGUUUUAUUGAAGAUGUUCAUAAAGGAAUAAAAUACUAUUCUGUAUGGAU